GCGAUCCAAUCGCAACAAUGUGAAAGCGACCCCAACCCCGACAUUGAUUUAUCUACGCUCCAAUUGCUCGCUCGUACGUUCCCUUAGUACCGACGGCCGCUGCGAAGAAGAAAGUUCUUCGUACUUGCCAUGAGUGCAGACAACAAACCCAUAGACUCCACGCGACAAGCGAUUGUUCCCGACCACGGUGAUCCGUAUUAUCUUCGCAACCCCGUCAGAUCGUUAUUGGUGCUAUUCUUAGCCUGGAAAGCGAUCCUGUUCCCGAUCAUCGCAAACUGCCCCGGUCUUGGCUACGACACCUCCACAAACCUGUUGGCGUCCGCGGUAGCUCCAAGCUUGCCCACAUGGUUUUCAGUUCAAGCUUCUUCUUCGGGUAUAUGGAACUUUGUAAGAUGGGAUGCUAUAUACUUUGUGCGCGUGGCAGAGAGGGGAUAUCUGUAUGAGCAAGAGUGGGCUUGGGGUUAUGGGUACACGCGCUUGUUGAGCUUUCUUAGCUCCGGUAUAUCAUUCAAUUCGAUGAUGCCUUUCAACUUGACUAACUUUACUUCUUCAAAAAUAGCUUUCGCAACCCCUAACGGCGUCUCUAUAGCAGCAAUUGCAAUUUCCGGCAUCGCGCUGUCCCAUCUCACCCACUUUUGUUCGGUUUUGGUCCUGCAUACCCUGACCGAAUUGUUAUUCGGAUACGAAACACGGUCUCAGAAAUUGUUCUGCCUGGUCUCCGCUGCGCUCCAUGUUAUCUCCCCCGCAGGGGCAUUUCUCUCUGCUCCCUACACCGAAUCGCCUUUCUCUUUCUUGAACUUCACCGGCUUUUACCUCUAUUCGUCGGCAUUGCUUGCCGAGAAAGCUGGGAAUCGAGGACGGCGCGAUAUUUUGGUCUUGUUGGCAGGUAUUCUGUUCGCGGCAGCUACUACAAUACGAGGAAACGGCAUAAUAAGUGGUUGCCUAUUUGCAUACGACGCCGUGCAGGGGGUCCUGCAAUUCCUUCAUCAUGGACUGUCAAUUGACUUGAUCCGUCGUAGUGGUAUUGUUGUGCUUGGUGGGAUCAUUGUCGCUCUGGGCUCGAUCAUACCUCAGUACAUUGCUUACACCGAGUACUGCGGAGCCACAUCCCGGCCGUGGUGUGCGCGAUUUUUGCCUAGUAUAUAUGGCUGGGUCCAGGUCCAUUAUUGGAACAACGGCUUUUUAAGGUACUGGACCGUAUCUAAUCUACCGCUUUUCAUCCUCGCGGCCCCUGUGCUCGUGGCAAUGCUUUAUUCCUCGUUUGUAGCGCUAUCAGGGCGUCUGGGACCAUCGCAUACUGAUCACACGCCUAUAUCCAAAAUGAACACCUCCCAGUCUGCAGUGCUUCGUCUUGCCAUUGCGCAAGGUAUCCUCGCACUCAUGACACUCACCAGCUUUCACAUCCAGAUCAUCAACCGCAUUGCAUCUGGCUAUCCCGUAUGGUACUGGUAUCUGGCUACCUCGGCAUGUGGAUCUUCCAAACCGCUCAACAAUCGACUUUUCCGCGCCGCUGUACAAGGAAUGACCAUGUACGCGCUGAUCCAGGCGGUCCUGUUCGGCUCGUUUCUUCCACCAGCAUGAGAAGAUUCUAGCUUUGUACAGUAGAAAUCAUCAUUGAUUACCUCUGACUCUUGAUUUAUUCGCCAAUAGUUGAACUUGGAACUAGGGUCCUUAGAGACCCCGACUAUGUAGCCACCGCGCUAGCCCAGAUUGGUCAGCUUCGAUUUUGGCCCGGACCUCCUCACCGACGAGUCCCCUCUUUGCUAGAUAGCGUAAGACAGGUAGUCA